CAGACCAGAUCUCGUCAUACGGAAAGAGCUGUCUCCGGAAAGCAAGUUCCUUGAACAGAUAAGAGCAAGCCUAAGAGAGACACUUGCAAAGGCGUCCUUCUCUCUACCCUCUUUCACCUCACCCUCCUCUCCUCUUCGGUCUCCUCGCCAGCUCGUCGAAACGCGGUUUCUUCCCGCACCGCGCUGCAACUUGGACGACGACGCAACCUCCACCUCUCACUAUGGCGUCCGCUUCCGUCCGCGGCCCGUACGCCUGGCUAGGCAUCCGCGAGCAUCCGUACGAUCCGCAAGCUCGCUUCGUCACCUCCUACGUCCUACCUCCCCUCUAUCUUGCACUGUGGCGGACCGUGAUCGCUUUGUAUACGUUUGUGACACUCAUUCUCGUCUAUGCGUUCAACGGCGUGCAGGAAUUCAGCUACUUCACCGUGCUGACCUACUGGGGAGUCUGGGCCUAUCACACUAUCUCGGCCAUCCAAACCUUUUCAUUUUACUGGGAUCUUCGACGCUGGUCGAAGUCUCAAUCCUCGCAAGAUCCAUCCAUCGAUGCUGAGAAAGCAAGAAGCGACGAAGAUGGGCAAUACAGUGACAAAGCGCAGAGCUGGCUCUCGCGUUACUUUCCAAGGCCCCUUCAAUUCGCCCACUCGUUGCUCUUCAGCACGAUUUGCUCUUUCCCUCUCAUCGUGACAAUCGUCUUUUGGACUGUCCUGAAAGAUGGCGCUUUCGAUUCGAUGCGCACCACCUGGCAGAAUCUGUCAGUCCACGCACUCAACCUCGUCUUCGCCUACCUCGACAUUCUCGUCUUGGGCCGCGAAGCGAUGCGUCCAUGGUCGCACCUCUUCUUCGUCGUCUUUCUGAUUGCCUGCUACGUCGGCGUCGCCUACAUCACCUACGCCGACCAGCACUUCUACACCUACGACUUUCUUAACCAGGGAGAGCAUGGAACGGGGACAGUCGCGGGCUACGUCGUCGCCAUUGGCGUUGCGACGGUCGUGAGCUUUCUGGUGGGCCAGUUCGCAAUUUUCAUUCGGGAGUACGUUGCCGCAAAGCUCCUUCCGUCAGAAGGACACUGGGGCACAGCCCAGGUCCGAAGUGUCCCGGACGAUGCGCUCGUUCCGACAAAGCUCGGACCAGGUCCAGAGGGAGAAGGUGGGCGCAGGCACAAUGCCGAAGACGGCUGGAGGCAGCGGCUCUCAUUCGAUUCUCUCUCCGCGACACCACGAAAGCGGCAAAGCAUCGCGACGGACAGAUCCAGAGCCGAACAUGGGGAAAUUAUCGAAGCAUAGAUGGCUACCUCUCUCACGCUCUCCCUUCUUCAGCCCUCCGCGCAUCCUAAAUUGAUCUCUAUUCCAUCUCAUUAGUGUAGCCUGAAGGAGAGCAGCUCAUUCAUUUUUUAUAUGCUGUCCGUCUAGAAAUCCAAUUAACAUUCUACCCUCAAUUGUCAAUGAGAUGGGAUGCAAGGUGGGGUAU